CUAAUAUUAUUGUUUUAAUAUUUUGAUUGGCCAAAAAAAGGAACCCAACUCAUUUUUAUUGUAAAAUGAGGUGCAUUCAACUGAAAUGGGAUUGGAUUAUGUAUCCAUUUUCACAUUACUUACUUUAUACAACUUUCAUUAAUAAGUCAAUCUCCUCUCUUCUUGCCUUAAAAUCAAUUUCUUCUCUCGUUUUCUUCCUCACUGUUUCUCUGUAUUUUCUCAUAUCUAAACACUCUCUACUUUUUGCUUCUUCUUGAUCUCUUUUGUUAUGGAUAAUCAAGAGCAGGAAAAGAAUCAAUCCUCAGUUUAGGCGAAGAUUAUGGAAAGGCGUGGUUGGGAGAAAAGUAUCAGAGGAGUCGGAGCAAUGUCGAAUAGAUCUGAAAUAGAAGUAUUUUCGGACGCCGCAACGGAAUUUCAAGAUGGCGAAUCAGGUUGGAGUACGGAUAUUGUUAGCCAAGCCGACAAGGCUCUUGCUUCCGCCAUUUCAUUCAAAGAUUGUGAAGAUUUCGAUAUCCUUCAAUCACCACGGAAUUCAGUUGAUGGAAGCCAAAAUGAAAAUCCUGUUCCAAGAAGCAUGCCUAUUCUGCCAGUGAGCACACCCGAGCACCAUGAUGUUGGCUUGAGCUAUAGUAAAGAUUCCGAGGAUAAAAACGGCUCUGCUAGUGAAGUGGUCUCAAUCGAAACGGAAACACUAAAGGGUAUCUCUGAAGAGAGUAGGAAAGUCAAUGCUGGUGUUAGUGUAGCAGCUUGCUCUGUUGGGCAAGCAACUGAUGCCAAUGAGAAAGAAGGCAGCAAGUUUAAUGAAAACCUAUCGAGUGCCUUGGUUUUGCCUAGCAAACAUGCUGGCAAAUUAUCUGAAACAGAAUCUAUCUCUGAAACGAGACUGGACGAAACUUCAGAUAUAUCUUCUAAGACAUCCAUUAGUGGAAACGGUGAGCAUGAGACUGAUGGAAAGGGAAACCCUGGAAUUAGUUUUGAAGAAAAUUUAAUGGAUGCAGGUCUGAAAUCUGAAAAUGCUGAGGAUUUAAUUUCAGAGACUGCUUUGGCUGACAAAAUUGUGGAAUUAGAGGAAAAUAGUGACAAUUUGGCUCUCAACACGGUCAUUGAUGAUCUUUUGUCCAAAGCUGAAUCUACAAAUGAUAAGAAUGUGUCUACGGGUACCUUUGAAUUACAGACUGAUGUAGCACAGGGUACAGACUCUUCCAUUGAUGUCGAUUCAAAUGAGGUCAAUGAAAAAAAGGAAAAGGAAAAAGAAAGUGGUUAUGUGCUCUGCAGUCCUGAUGAUAUUCCUGUUGUAGAUGAUGCUGAAAUCAAGCUUGAAGGUUUUAAAGAUCAUACGAGAGUGAAUUUACCUCAAUCGGAGACCUUAGCUUCUAAAGAAAUAAUUGUUGAUAAGGAAGACGAAGUCAAAGACCAUGUUUCACAGGAGAAGUCCAAUACAUUUGUGUCUAAUCCAAUGGAUGAAGAAAUUGCUAUUGAAGAUAGCUAUAAACUUAGUGGAAAUAAUGAAGCUAUCAUUGAAGAAGUGUUCGUGAUUGGGAAUGCUGAUGUGAUUCAGAUCGAUAAAGGGUCCGAUGCAUUAGUUGAUGCUGAUACAACUGAGAAUGAGAAGGAUUGGGUAGUCCAGUCUCUCAGAAAACAGCAGCUGGUCAAUGUUGCAGAUGAGUUAAAUAAAGGGUCCAAUGCGUUGUCUCCUCUGGACGCUGAUACAAGUGAGAAUGAGAAGGAUCAGGAAGUCCUGUCUCUCAAAGAACAGCAACCGGUCUAUGUUGCUGAUGAUUUGCAAAAGAUGGGAUUUCAAGGAAGCAUGUUAAAUGAUGCACCUGAUGUGAAACCUAUGGUUAUAGAUGCUGAUGUAAAGGCUGGAAAGUUAAAUAAUGUUGUUGGAGAUGAAAAUUAUGUGAAAAACAUGAGAACAUCAUGUGAAUCUAUGGAUAGUUCUUCACUAUUGCAUGCUAAUCCAGCAUUUCAUUUACUUGAAGUUGAGGACUCUGAUGAUAUUGGGACAAGAAAAACUGAAAAAUCUGACAUCAAUGAAGUUGAAAGUGGAGAUGGACUGGAGGAGGGAUAUGUUUCUACAAAGAUGGACUCUACAUCCGAAUCGACUAGCACUCAUUACCAAUCUGCUAUUGUCACCGAGGAAGUGAAUGAGACUGAAGGCCUGCAGUCAAAUAGUGUUUCUAACAGUGAAGAUUACAAAAAGGAACCUGAAAUAAGUAAGGGUAACAAAGUACAUGGAGAGUGUGCAGCCGAAGAUCUUAUGGCUUCUGCCAUUGACAAUAGUGAACGAAACGAGUUUGAGAGAACAUCAGUCAAUCAGUUGAAAAAGGAGUUGGUACAUUCUGGUCCUGUCAAUGAUAGUCAUAACAGAGAGUCCAGAGUGGCUGCUUCUCAGACUAGUGCUGCAAUUUUGCAAGGGGAAGCCAAAAAUGGAUCUUCUAAACCUCAACUUGAUACAACUGUAGGUGAUUUUUCGAUUGAAUCAAAUAGUCGAACUGAUAGUUUGGAAGGCCACUGGGGAUCUGUUUCAGAACAGUUCUUUCAACCCAAUCUGAUAACCAGGCUGCCAUGGACACUGAAACUUUACCAUCAACCGGAUCACAAGCACUUUCAGAAGCAGAGAAAGCCAACACAAAGAAGUCAAAACUGGCAUCCAAAGAACAACAUUUCAAUAAAUCCGACGAAUUUGAGCCACCGUCUUUCAUGACAUUGGUUGAAGGUGGAGGCAGUGACCAAAAAGCUGCUGCUGUUUCUGAAGCCCCAACAGGUGGAAACCCGAGAGCUGGCUGGUUUCCUUCACUUACUCAUGCAACAAAUGAGUCCCAAGGAAGAAAAAAGAAUGAAGAGAUCAUACAGAAGGUGGCUAACUGGAAUGCAAACCAGCACGGUCCUUUGAAGAACUUAGCCAAUAGUGAACCCAAACCCAAGUCCCCUAACUUGAAUCAGAACCCAAACCCAAACGCGAACCCCACUGUUUUGGCUCCCAGAGAUGAUGGAGGCAAAGUAAGCUCAAUGGUGGGCCCUGAAACACCUAUGGCUGAGGCAACCAAUGUUGAAGCAGAGAAAGAAUGGAAGUCUCCUGCAAGGUAUCCAUCUGAUAGAAAGAGAGAAAAGAGGAAAGCUAAAGGUAGGCCAUUGUGGGUACAGUUUGUAUGUUGCUCAUCUGCCAAUUAGGAUUAUAAAUUAUUUGGGACCUAUGUUACUCAUGUCUUGGAUGAGUUUGGAGAUAUAAUCUUUUAUAAGGAAAAACUUGAAAAAGAUCUCACUGGUAUCGGAUUUCUACACUUGAAUCCGAAUCCGAGUAACAUAGCUUAAUACUAACAGUCUGUUUUGUAUCAUGUUUUUUCUUUUUGUGUAUUAUAAUCAUGUUUAUACGUUAAUAA